GGCGUCCGUUAGCAAGCUGCCCGUGCAGUCUAGACCCACUGCGGGGGUGCUGGAGACGGUGCGGCUGAGCUGCACUCGCUUUUCCUGCUAGCGAAAGCUUUUGAUUAAGGACGGCGUGCGGAGCGCGGGAAAUGAAGGAUGGCAGCGCGCCGCGCACUCAAAGCUGUUUUGGUGGAUCUCAAUGGCACACUUCACAUUGAAGACGCAGCUGUGCCAGGCGCUCAGGAAGCUCUUAAAAGGCAAGGUAGUGCGUCUGUGAUGGUUAGAUUUGUUACCAACACAACAAAAGAGAGCAAGCAAGACCUUUUGGAAAGGCUAAAGCGGUUGGAUUUUGAUAUCUCUGAAGAUGAAAUAUUCACUUCCCUGACGGCAGCCAGAAAUUUAGUGGAGCAGAAACAAGUGCGGCCUCUGUUGCUGGUUGAUGAUCGAGCACUGCCUGAUUUCAAAGGGCUGCAAACAAAUGAUCCUAAUGCUGUGGUCAUAGGAUUGGCACCCGAGCACUUCCAUUAUCAAGCCCUGAAUCAAGCAUUCCGGUUACUCCUAGAUGGGGCCCCUCUCAUAGCAAUCCACAAGGCCAGGUACUACAAGAGGAAAGAUGGCCUGGCCCUGGGACCUGGGCCCUUUGUCUCGGCAUUGGAGUUCGCCACUGACAGUACCGCAACAGUGGUGGGGAAACCAGAGAAAACCUUCUUUCUGGAAGCACUACGGGGCACUGGCUAUGUGCCCGAAGAGGCCGUCAUGAUUGGAGACGACUGCAGGGAUGAUGUUGGUGGGGCUCAGAGCAUCGGGAUGCUGGGCAUCUUGGUGAAAACUGGGAAAUACCGAGCUGCAGAUGAAGAGAAGAUCAACCCACCACCCUACUUAACCUGUGAGAGCUUCCCUCAUGCCGUGGACCACAUCCUGCAGAACCUGCUGUGAGCCACUUGGAACACCAGAUCCCUCCCCUUUUUGGUGCCAGCAUAGACACACACACACCAACCCAGUUCCAUUAUGCAUUAACUAGAGAGAAUGGCAGCCAGGAAGUAGGCCUGGCUCUUCCCUUUUGUUUUAAGGAAGACGAGACCCAGCGAAGGGCUUAGCAGGGAUGUUUCUGCCGAUCCUGACGCAGUCAUGGGUGGGCAGGACAGGAAGGAGGCGCGAGUCCUACAUUUUUUGGCUCAGUAAUGCCUAGAAAGGGGCAUUUGCUAUAUUUCCAGUGUUGAAUUCAGCCGUGAGCUCCAUCUUUGUGCCGAGAGCCACGAGUCAGUAGCAGCAAAAUUGAACUGUCCUAUUGCCCAAGCGACGGGGUGACUUUGCUUUAACAGGCGCCAAGGACUAGAUUGUCUGCAAUAUUUCCGAGCACGGAUGAUACCUCCCUCUCUUCAUUAGCCAGAGGUGACUAAUUUAAAUUUAGAGCCCGAUUUUAAUUUAAAAUAAUAUUUCCAUUAAUAACCUAUUCAUUGCAGAUACCUAUUACACUGUGUAACAGUUGUUUUGGAAAUUUUAUGUAAAAUUAAAACUAUCAGUAUUUUACAGAUGUUUUAAUUAGACAUUGUUAUUAAGAGGAACAGUGCAGAAACGAAAAUCAAGCCUUUAAUGUCUUAUAGACCAUGCAUUUUCGGAGUUAGUGUCCACCGGGGUCCUAUUAGCUGUACAUUUGCAAGAUUUCAUUAUUUUUGUCUCUGACACUAUGGGAAAAAUAUUUCAGGAGCUUUUGGGACAGAUUCAAGCCUUUAUGUACUUGGUUACUCCAGCUGUCAAAUGAAAUCUUGUCUUGUA